AUGUCGUACACAAACCCCGAUAUCCUUUACGGACCUGUAUCUUCGAAGGAGAAGGGACCGCUACCUGCUCUCAAACUACCUAAUACAUAUCUUGCAACAGGAGCGUCCUUUAGACACUUGGCAUUUUCCUUUCGAAUGGGCAGGAGUACUGUUGCGAGCAUUAUAAAACAUAUGAUUAAAAUAUUAUGGAACAUGCUGCAACCACUUCACAUGCCAGAAUCUACUACGGCAACAUUUUUAAAUGUAAGUGCAGACUUCAUGAAAGUAUGGAACUUCCCCAAUUGCAUCGGAGCUGUUGACGGCAAACACGUCAAAGUUAUAGCACCACAACAUUCCGGAUCCAUGUACUUCAAUUAUAAGCAUUAUUUUUCUAUCGUCCUACAAGGAGUUUGCGACGCAAAUUACAAAUUGCUUGUGAUAGAUGUCGGAGGUUACGGCAAACAGAGCGAUGGGGGAACGUUUCAGAGUUCCAAUUUGUACAAACGGAUACACCAAAACAAACUAAAUGUGCCAAAUCCAGAUAGUUUACCAGGAACAAAUGUCCGCGCUCCCUACGUAUUUAUUGCAGAUGAAGCGUAUCCACUAAUGCCCAAUUUGCUAAAACCAUACAAUCGAAGGAACCGCUCUUUGGAACAUAUAAAUUUUAACCAAAGAUUGUCCAGAGCACGCAAAACUAUCGAGUGCACCUUUGGAAUUAUGUACGCGAAGUGGCGUCUUCUGUCCAAAGCUAUAGAGACUACUGAAAAGACUGCGGAUGAUAUCAUUAAGGCGAUAUGCAUUUUGCAUAAUACAAUACUGGACCGAGAGGGAUUUCAACGACAUUUAACAUUAGUAACUGAUGCAGUUCCUAGAGAUCAGAUGUUUGAAUUACCUAGAGGAAGGCAACUGGGUGAAGGUCAAAGAGUUCGCGACAUUUUCUGUAACUAUGUUAAUUUCUUUCCAAUCAGUUACGAGACAGCUUAA